CUUAAGUGUGGGGGAAGCAAUGAACCCAUACUGUUGGUCCUGACAAGUUUUUCUUGGCUCCACCUUUGGUUUGCUGAUUGUGCAGGAGCAUGUCACUCGACCAUCCAUUUGUGCAAGACCUGAGCCUGCACCGGGAUUACGCGGACCAGUUCCGCAAGGUCAUCCGGGGGAAACUGGAGCGCCAUCACCAUCUUGAGUGGGCAGUUUUCGAGCAGCUCCACUGCAUACAGGAGCUCUCCUCCACCAUCAGCCACCGGGAUUGGCGGACUUUGCUGACGAUCGAGGAGCCCACCUACCCCGAGCUGGUAUGGGAGUUCUACACCACGUUCCAGUACCGCCCCAAGGCGGCCCGGGACUCCUACACGGUCACAUUCAGGCUGGGUGGCCGCCCACGUGAGCUGACUAUAGAUGGGGUGGCCUACGCCAUGGGGAUCGAGUACCACCCGUUCUCCCGCCACGAGGUCGAGGUCCCGAACCCGAACGACUGGAACAUGGAUGAGUUCUACCGGCGGAUAGCCCGACGCACCUAUGGGUGCGACUGCUUCGACGCUGGCCGGACAACUGUUCGCACCCUGAAGCCGCAGUGGCACAUUCUGAACCUGCUCAUCACCCGAUCCAUCGUCCCCAACGUCACUGGAUCCCACAAGAUCCCGAAGCGGGUACUGUACGCCAUGUACUCGAUGGGGUACCCGGAUCACAUGCUGCAUUUGGGUUCCUUCGUGGCUACCACCUUCUCUCGAUGCCACGGGAAGCCCAACUAUCUCUUUUGUGGUCCCGUGAUCACCCGCUUGGCGCGCCAUUUCGACAUCAGCUUCGAUGGCCUCACCAAUUCUAAUGUCCGGGGCGGCUCCACCCCCCUCAGUCGGGACGUGCUCCACAAUGCACUCCUCCUUGCCACUGACGGCACCCGCUCUUGGGUGGAUGGGCUCUCUAUGCCCCCUGAGGAGGAUGCCGACCUCGAUGAGGACGAAGAGGAUGUUGACUACACCGCCGAGGAGGGGGAUGAUGAUGAUGAUGGUGGUGGUGGUGGGGCCAUGGAUGCUGAUGAGCCGGAGACCCCACUCUCUCCACCAGGCGACCUUCGGCCACGACGGAGAUCAGAGAGAGGCGAGUCCUCCUCUGGUCCUUCUCGUGCGUCGAUGGCUUCUGGACCGUCGAUGGACUUCUUCACAUAGCAGUUCCAGCAGAUGGGACUCCAGUUCCAGCAGCUUGGCCUCCAGAACCAGCAGCUCAUGGACCAUCAGGUCCAGUUUUACUAGCACUAUUCGGCCCACCAGGUCGAGUACCAGUCCAGGAUUACGGUCGUCGACGAGCUCCUCGACCAGAUGGAGGCCCAGAUGGGAGUCACUGGUGCUCUCAUCGAGCGGGAGCGGGAUCUUGGCCGCCGAUUGAUGGAGUACUCGGAGCACCUGCUCCAGACUUGUCACCCACCGAGGAGCACCACUGGACCACCCGGUGGGAUCACUCGCCACUGCGACCACCAUCACCAUCACUAGAGGGGGGCGACGAUCUCAUGGACCAGAUUGACUUCACCGGUCUCGAGUAGGUUGUGCUCGUAGCCCCAUUUUGUGUUGUUUCCCUUUCUGUCAGAAUGCAAACUGUCUUGUGUGUUGGUUUAUUUUCUUUGCUUUCUUUUGAUUUUGGAUAAUGUACUAUUGGGCUGACCAUUGGACCUAACGUAUUGUGUUUGAGUUCUUUUGUUCCCUUUAGCUGUGUUGUGGAGCUAAGACCGUUGAAUCCAUGUGGUAAUGGUGACUCUGAUUGGAUUGUGUUAUGGACUCGUGUAUCGAACAGGGUGCUCAUGUGAAAAGUGAAAUGCAGUUGGUCCUCCAUGUCAAAAUCAUUAAAUCUUAACCAUGGGG